AGACUUCAGUUAGAAGAGCGUGAUUACACGCUAACCGUAUAUACCUCAACGAAAACCCUCACUCCCGCCACUCUCCAACUUUCACCCUCUUCGUCCUUUCAAAUCUGAAAUAUUCCUUUUCGUCGACUACCUUGGUUGUCUCAGCUCAGAAGUCCAUGGCGCCGAGUACAUGACCAAGUCGUUCUCGCCAUUUUUGGAAAUGGAACCAGAUAGUAAGCAUUAAAUGGUCGAGCUUAAAAUCAACCCAGCAAUGAGAUCUCACGUGGGGAUGAAAUUGGGGACUAAAAAACAGGAGAGCCAGUGCCAGAGUUUCGGAAAUAAUUCGGAUAAAUGCAGUCAACCUAGGAAGAGAUCCAUAGGAAUCAUGGUAGAUUCUGCUGCAAAGCUUCAAAGCAAGAAUCUAGAUGCCUACAGAGUUGCAAUUCCAGUAGCUGGUGAAACAAAUAAUGGCAAAGUAAACAACAUUAAAGGAGUAGCUAAUCGUGCUAAUGGAAAUCAACAAGAACCUCCAUUGGAUGAUAAAUCUCCAAUGAUUUCUACUAGAUCCAUCCACAUGGAAACUACAUUAAAAUCCGUUCAUCCUGUGGAAGAACCUUCUAAUUUGUUGGACACUCAUGAAAUGUGCAACCUAUCAGCUGGAACAAAGAUUACACCAAGGGCAUCUUCAGCUCAGUUUUCAGAAUUUGAAAACCUAGAAUUCCUAUCAAACAAAGCCGAGGAGAAGGAAGGGAACUAUUCUGCUGUAGAUGUUGCAGGCAAGUUUUCUCUCACAGAAGCACACGAAGAUAUGCCGGUGAAAGCAUCUGCAGUGGACAAAUCCGAGAGAGCAGAUACAAAUGGAACUGAUUAUCUGAGAAUGCAGCUACAGAAGAUCUUACAGAAAGUUUCUUCACCUACAAAACAUUGCUCAGAUUCUGAAAUAUUAGAUGAUGGCGCAAAAGGGUCUCGUGCAGAAAAAGUAGUUAUUCAAAAUCACAAUCCCAAGGCUAGUUCAGAUACAAUAGAAAACGAUACUCAAAGUCAUGAUCCUACUGUUAGGAGGCCGGUGACUCGUUCUUUGAAUAAAAAAAGAGCCACACCCAAAUCACAAUUGAAGAAGUCAAAGAAAAAAGUGUCCCCUCGUGCUCAGGAGGAAAGAUUCGAAAUGCUCUAUCCUGGAGGAAAGAAGAGUAGGAGGUUACGUGGCGCUGCCACUGGAGGAGGCUCCUUGACGACACAUGAAAGUUUAACAAAGAGGAAGAGGUCAGAGAUAGAAGUCCCUGAAAUGUCAAAUGGAAUGGAUGCUGUCAAGAAGAAAGAGCAGAAUACCAAGCGCAACAAAGCGCCACACGCUGAAAGAUCCAGCGAUACUAUCCAAUCAUAUGAGAAGUCAAAGAGAGUUUUUGCGGAGCUGAGAUUUGAUACUUCUGAAAAAGAUAUAUCCGAGUCACCAGUUGUAGAAAAAGAGAAGUCAAAGAGUGUUUUUGUGGAGCCGAGAGUUGACACUUCAGAAAAAGAUGCCUACAAGUCACCAGUUGUAGAAAAAGCUGAGCAGCUGAGAGACAUUAAUGGAUCAAAAUGGAAAGAAAAUCUGUAUCGUCCAGAAAACUUAGCGUGCUCAUCCUUGAAGGAGAAUUUUGACCCAAAACCUGAUAUGCAACAUUCUACUUUUGCAACAAAAACACCUUUAGAAAGAUCUUUUAUUGGAUCCUUACCAAAAAGCAGAAGGGUUGAACUGGAUGGUUGUAUUAAUACAGAGAUACUGUUUAACCCAAAGAGCUUUCAGAACUUUAAGGGUUUCCAAAGAUCAAGCCGACAAAAGAAGUCAAAUGAACAGGAUGUCUCAUCUGAUGAUGCAGCUGUAUUGGAAUAUCCUCCUCCUUUAAAACCAAAGUCUCUCUUUGGAGAAGAAGACUGUGUGGGGCCUUUUCAGUCACCAUCACCUCAUGAUAGUAAUCCUGAGAGCUCUGAAGAUCGGAUGGAUAUUGAAGGUAGUAGAAAAUUACCGUCAUUGUCUGCUGAGAUUGGUACUAGAGAUGAACCAAAGUUUUCAUUCAAACCAAGCAAAGGUUUCUUCACUGAAAAAGGUUGCAGGAAGUCCCCUUCACUGUCUGCUGAGAUUGGUACUACAGAUGAACAAAAGUUUGCACUAAAACCAGUUAAAGGCUUCUUCAGUGAAAAAGGCUGCAGGGAAUCACCUUUAUUGUCUGCUGAGAUUGCUACUGCAGAUGAACCAAAGUUCGCAUUCAAACCAGGCAAAGGCUUCUUCAAUGAAAAAGAAAUUGAAGAUAGUGACUCUCCUUUGAGACAGUCUAGUCCAAGUGAAGAUGAUGGGUUUGACAGGGCUGUCAAUUUAUUUGCUUUCACAUUACAAAGAAUUAGAAGCAAAAUGAAGUCCCUGGCUGACAAAAGAUCUGCUGAGAUUCUGAUGUCUGCAGCUGAGGGAAUUCAUAAUGAAUUGAAUAAUGCAGAAAUUCAGACUCAAGCUGAUCUGAGAACACUGAUCAGCCGGAGUAAAGCAAAUCAAAAGCAUCUAGAUGCUAAAUUUCAAGAGCAACAAGAGCAGCUGAAUGGAAUCUAUGAAAAAUUCAAAGAAGAGCUAAAUCAACAUCUCCAGGGUUGUAGAAGCACACUCGAGCAUCUAGAAGAGCAUGAGACUGAGCUUAAAGCAGCCAUUGAAAAGCAAAAAGUAUCAAAGAGAAAAUUACUCAUGCAACUGGAAGAAGAAAUUCAAAGUCAGCUUGUUGAUGCUCAUAGAAGAAUUACUGAUGUCCACCAUUUGGCUAGGGAUAAGAUGCAUCAAUUGAAAGCUGUAGUAGCAGAAUGUUUCAAGCUCAGUUGAGACUUUAACUGUUUGAUAGAUGGUAUUAUAGUACAGCAUCUCAAGUUGGGCAACACACCGGAAAAGUGUCAAAUAUUAGCGGGUUCAUUUCUAGCUUGUAACGUGUAUUUUGGGCUCUACAAGAAACCGACAAGUCUAUUAAAUUUGUGCACAUGAGAAAAGGAGAAAACAUUUAUUUGUACUAAUGGAAAAAGAAUCGUGUUUAAUAUAAACAUAAUGUUU